AUGACGCGUGGCAAUCAGCGCGAACUUGCCAGAGAAAAAAAUUCUAAAAAUCAAAAAAACAAAGCACAUUCGAUAGCUGAAACCGAAGCUAAUAAAGGUUUAUCAUUACAAGAACGUCAAUUACGAGAUGCAGCGAGAAUGCGUGAGAAACAACAAUUAGCUGAACAAAAAAAAGCAGGUGGAAAUAAUAAUGCAUCAGGUGGAAGUGGAGCGGCUGCCUUUAUUUAUCAUAUGACUAUAUCAUUCUUUCGUCGUUACAAAUUAUUUCUUCUUAAUGUAACAUCUGCAUCAGGUCUUCUUACACUUGGUGACUUUUGUGCACAAACUCUCUAUGAUAAAAAGAAAACUUUAGACAAAAAACGUUUAUUGGCAGCAUGCAUUACUGGAGCAGCAUUGGGUAUUGAAGGGCAUGUUUGGUAUAAAUUUCUUGAUCGUAUUAUAGCUCAAGCAACAUGGCACAAUGCGUUUAAAAAAGUUCUAUGUGACCAAACUGUCGCUGCACCUAUUUAUACAACAACAUAUAUUAUUGGUACAUCGAUUUUGGAAGGACGAACAUCUUUUAAUGCAUUAAAAAGUGAUACUACAGAAAAUUUUCUUCCACUUUAUAUAGCCGAUUGUGUUGUCUUUAUACCAACUCAGUUGAUUAAUUUCAGAUAUAUUUCUGCAUAUUAUCGUGUUCCAUUUAUGUUCGCUAUUUCCUUCAUUUUUAAUGCAUUUCUUAGUGCAUAUAAACAUACACAUGAAGGACAUGAAAAAUAA